CCUGGUGUUGUGUGAUUUUUGAACAUUUUUCCCCAGUGUGAGUUCAGCCACAGGUCAGAGGUUGCUCGCUGCCUUUUCCUUCCGGAGUUAUUGUCCCUGUUGAGGGAUGGCGGCGGGAGCUGAACAAUUGUGAUCGCUGUCAGUGUGGCUCCGUAGCGCUGGCCAUGGACGAGGCGAGCCUGGAGGCGGCCAUCGAGGUGUACAAGGCCCAGCUGCAGCAGGUGGAGGCGGCGCUGGGAUCCGGGGCCCAAGCCGAUGCUCAGGCCGACCUGCUCCAGCUCCAGGCCGACCUGCAGCAGUUGGUCGCCCUGACCGAGUCCAGCCUCCUAUCGGUCCGCAAGAGCCAGCUCCUGGAGCAGCUACAGCGAGGCGCCUCGUCGCCGGAGCCCGAGGCCCAGCCGGGGCUCGACGCCGAAUACGCCGCUUUCCAGGCGGCCCUGGGCGAGGCCGAGGGGAGCCGGGAGCCGGGGAGCGGCGAUGAGGCCGAGGCCGAGGCUGAGGCUGGGGAGAUGAGCGGCGCCAAGGUGCGGGCUCCUUACCGCCCUGCCUGGGGCCCUGUGCAGUAUCACAACGCCAUGGUGGUGGGUGUGGAGGCUGACCAGCCGCCCGAGCCCACAGUCCGUGUCCUGUGGAUCCACCCGACCCAGAGAGCCAUGAAACCCUGCCCCUUCUACCUGAGUGGGACCUGCCGCUUCCUGGACUCAUGCAGGUACUCCCAUGGAGAGGUGGUAGCUAUGUCUGAACUACGUGAAUUUGAAGAAUUGGACCUAAGUCCACUUGAGGUGGGGUCAGCCUGUUUAGCGAAAUAUGAAGAUGAGAUUUGGUACCCAGCUAAAAUCCUAGAUAUUGACAAUGGUUAUUUUACAGUAAAAUUUGAUUCCUUGCUUCAAAAGGAGAUUGUAGUGGAGGGAGAUGGGAUCAUGCCAAUACCUCAGGCUGAUGAGUCUUCCUCCUCUAGCUCUGAGGAUGAAGGAGAGCUUGGUUAUGCAAAAGUUUUGGAUGAAAAGUCUGUGUCAUGGGGAAAUUGGAGUCCAGCUUGCAGCUCUUCAUUUGCUGGUUGGGAAGCUCAUACUCGGGGAAUAGGAUCUAAAUUAAUGGUUAAACUGGGUUACGAAUUUGGAAAAGGUUUGGGGAAGAAUGCUGAUGGUCGAGUGGAGCCUGUACAAGCAGUGGUUUUACCUCCGGGAAAAUCCCUCGAUCAAUGUGCUGAAAUCCUGCAAAAAAAGCGGGAAGGAAAACUGAACCAUCUGCACAAAAAGAAGUACAAGAGGAAAAGCGAAGGAGGCUCCCAUACUGUUAAAGAAAGAAAACCUUGUCAGACUGUAUUUGACUUUUUGAAUGACAAACUUCAAAGUACUGGUCAGACUAGCAGUUCACCAGUUCCGACUGGAUUCCCCAUGAGAGAAAAAAGUAGCAAAGAACGUUAUAGGGGUACUAAAGGCACAAAGAAAGCUCUAAAUAUCCAUCUUUUUCAAAUAACAGAGAAGAUUGAACAUACAGAAAAGGACAUUGCAAGAAUUAUGGAGGCACUUGCAAGAAAUGUUGGAAGAGACAAAGCAGUAACCACCCAUCUGGAAGAGAAGUUAUCUAAUGCAAAGAAGCAAUUGUCCUAUCUAAAAUCUCAAGAAUCAGGGGCCCAACAAGAACAAAGGAAAGCAGACACACACAAGAAAAUGACCAAAUUCUGAUUUAGUAAUUCAUUGUUCUUUGAUAUAUUUUAAAAGUGGACAGUGUGCACAGCAUUUUUUGCUGUAAGGUGUAUCUGUUUUAAUUAAUGUAAAAUGGUUCUUGUGGUUUGUGUUAUUUUGUAUUUGUCGUUUUGAACGUUUUGCAAUUCAGCGCUAAGACUAAUGAUAAAAAUCAUUUGUGUUAUUAGACAAGGUUGCAGCACAUCCUGAUCACAACUGCUUUGGUAACCCUUUAAAAGCUGAUAUUAUUUAAGUUGAUAUUGUAAAUUUAUUCCGUUGGCAAUAUAACAUUGCUGCCUUCAAUGCCUUUUCUUCUGUACUUAAAACAACCAUCUAUUGAACUUAAGCCAGAUUUGAAUUGUUCUGAUAGUACUUGGGAAAUAACAGGCUGUAAUACAAAACUUUCCUUUUUGAAGUGGCAGUGUUUCUGCCGCCAUGUCAAUAUCUUUGAAAAUUCAUUUGCACAUGCGAAAUACCACGUUAAUUGAAAAUGUAAUUUAAGGUUUUAGGCAUUGCCUCAUUCCCAAGUGGACAUGUAAUAUAUUUAUAUUGUCCUGGAAACUUAUAGCUGUUUGAUAUUACAAAAUAGAUAUUAUUUAAUUUUUGACUUUGUGUGAUAAAGUACUCAAUAAGAACAUGGAAGGGUCAUCCACAAAUGAUAAAGUAGAGAGAGAGAUCCAAAAUUAAUAGCAGUCAGGGUGAGACACAAGGGAUGUUGCAGAGGUAGAGUGAGACAAAGUCAUGGUUAAUUUUGAACAUGGAUUUUCUAUGAAGAAAAUAAUGUUUUUUUUUAAAGUAAUGAGGUAGGUGAGAAUAUGGAGUUAUCAGAUCAGCUAUGAUUAAUUGGAUGGCCAAGUGGACUGAGGGGGCUGAGUGGUCUACUUCUGCUCUUAAUUUGUGUGUUGAUGCUAUUGUUCAGGGACUAAAAUGGAGGUGUGCAUGUGCAGGCAGUAGAUGGUUAGGUUGUGAGUGGACCGGAUUUUUUUAUUUAAGGAGGAAGUUGAUGAGCACAUUUUAGAAAUCUGGAGGCAGCAGUAAUAUAAAUGAAUAAUCAUUUUUUCGUGCCUCAAGAUGUCUUCCACUGAACAGGUUUUGGUGUUUUAGAGAUUAACUGACAGAUUUCAAGCACUAAAUGGAAAAUGAUUUCAGGAACCUUUUAUGAUAUUUAGUCAACAAUGGCAAAUGUCAAUGAAAAGUUAUAAAAUUUAAUAAACACAUUUAGGAAGAAAAACAGUAGAGAAAGCAGAUUUUUCUCAUGCCCAUUUUAGCUGAAAUCUGCUUGUACCUUUUAAUUGGAAGCUGUAUUUCCACAUUUAGUCAUCUGUACAUUUUGAAAUGAUGACUUCUGUUCCAAGUCAUUAAUUAUUUUCCACUAUUCUUGCUUUCUGUCUGAAGCAAUUUCAUAUUUAAGAUGCCAUUACCUUUAAUCGUAAGUACUUCAGUUUUGCUUAUAAGUCUCUUGCAUGGCAUUUAGGAAAUCCAACACCAUACCAGUGAACAAAAAGAAAAACCAAUUUCUCGUGCAAAUCUGAAUUAACACCAGAAAAUGUUUGACGUGUAGCAUAUCUAUUAACAUCUAACUAAUAAAAUCCUUUCGUUGAGUUGCUACCUAUUGCUUGACUUAAACAGCAAUGUAUUUAUUUUUCUUUUCAAAUGAUGACAGACUAACUUUUCUGUGGACUCCUUGCAGUGCCUUAUAUGAAGAAGAAACUCAUGCUCUGAGAAUCUGCAAGAUCCAAAUUUACCUGGAUACAUGACUAACUUAAUGGGGAGGAGCUCUUGACGCCACUGCACUGUCUACCCUCCCCACCUACACCGAUAAUAAAAUAGUAAAGUUAAAUACUACAGGACUAAGUUUUUAAUUAUUGUAAAACGUCGAUAAGAGAAACUGGGAGUUUGAGAUUAGGUUGGGAAAGAGAAGCUGUGGAGGGCACAUCGCUAGGUCUGAGUCAUGAUGGCGUUUUAUGUGAUUAGCAUAGGCUACUCAACAUUCAGAUGCUGACCAUAAUUUGCCACCCUCAACAUUGCAGAACAAUGUUUUUAAUUGAUGUGGGAAUUCAUCCAGUUUCUUAGAGCUGCCUGUGAUCAACUGGAGGCAGAAUGGAAUCCACCAGAGAUGUUCAGCAUCACUGUGAAACAGGGAGCAAUAGGAAUAUUCUCUUAAAUCUACACUCAGGUAAAUAUUUGUUUCACAAGCUUCGCUUUUUGGUGGUAGCUUCUAGCAAUUCCUUUGAAAACCAUGGGCUACACUGCAUGUAAACUUUUUUCCUGAACACAAUUGGGCCUGGUAGCAGCUGCAUUGAGGACAAAAGGAACAUCAACAGGCAGUAAGCCCAUAUCUGAUAAAAUAAUGACUCUUUGCACAUAAAACUGGUAUUUAUCAACAAGUUUCUAGUUCAGUAAUUCUGCUGAGAGCAAGACAAAGACAUGACAUGAGUUAUGACAAUGCAUUUUGCAACCUUGUGUCACAAAGUUCUUUGCAGCCAAUGAUAUACUUUUGAAUUGUCGUCCCUGUUGUAACGUAAGAAGCAUGGCAGCUGGCCACAUUACCCAAUAUUGGUCAUGACUCCAAAAAGCAAUAUAGGCAUAUUCAGGCCAGAUAAUCCUAAAUUACACCCAGCUCAGUCACACUGACAAUGUCGUUCUCACUAAAAUGUGGGAAUAUCUGCCUGAGAUAGUCAAUUUUACAGAAUCAUGCCCUUAAGCAAACUUUCAACAUUUCAUUGUCAGCAUUCCUAAGUAUACCUAAUCUUGCCAAUAGAAAAAGUCCAUGAGCUGUGUUGACACUCGAUAAUAAUCAGGAAGACAUAGCCGAGAAAUUCACAGCACUGUCUCGGAAUCUUUUAAAGUCUUAUGGCAUCAGAUUAAAUAUGAGUUAGGAAACCUGCUAGUUACUACCUAUCACCCUCUGUCAGCUAAUGAUAAAUCAGUACUUCUUCCUGUUUAAUUUUUUUUAAUAAUGAACUUGCUGUUUUGAUGGCUACAGCAAAUUGUUCAUUGAGUGAAGUAGGACCAAUGUCAUUUCCCAUCCGAUUCUAAAACAAGCACAUUACCGUUUUAUUAGUCUGUCUUACUGGGUGACUGAAAAUUGUCCAUAGCCAGAAUGACGAGGUAUUUUUCAGACAUCUUAAAAGCACAGGAACCAGCCUGUGAAAUUUGUCAUGUUUGUAUCCUUGGAUUCUCCUGCUCCUCGGUUGCUGCCUGAAUGGUUGUGCUUUUCCAGCACCACACACGUUGACUCAUGUUUAUAUCCAUGCAACCCAUGAGAAAUACUACCAUAAUUUUAUCCUCCUCAUUAUUGGAAGUACUUGCUUUGUUAUUCCUGUUGAUGCAUAAAGCUGAGAAGGUCAUUAUUUACAUUUUCAUUUUUAUUAAUCUUGUUAGGAUAUUUAUACUUCAGGUACAGAAAUAAGACUGAAGUGGAUUUUUGUCUGUUACCUGUCUGGAAAAUGGGUGCCACAACAACUGCUUUUUACCCCUCAGACUACUUAAGCAAGAUAAAAUGUAUUGAAGACAUCAUGAGGAAAUGUGUGAAAAACACUAUCUCUUGUCAAUGUGGUGUUCAUUUUUGGAGUUACUUGUUCUGUCUUCACCAAUUGUAUUGACACAAUUAUUACAUACAUAGCUCCCCAUGUUUACAGCUUACAUUGCACUGUUAUUAUAGUAGUGCCUGGAUUUUUAUUACAUUUGUUCUUUGUACUUCUGGCAAGAUGCAGAGUUUUGAUCAAUGAAUAAAACAACUGGACAUACA